AUGGGCAUAUUAUUAUUGUGCUUGUACUUAGCCGUCAAACCAUUUGAACGUGGUUUCUUUUGCGAUGAUCUGUCCAUUAGAUACCCUUAUAAGGAAAAUACAAUAACUGAGUAUAUGUUGGCUAUACUAGUGUUGGUGCCUAUUAUAGCGACGAUCGGCUGUAUCGAGACUUAUAGAUAUAAACAGAAACAAUACACAACCCGAUUAAUUAAGUCACUCACACGGGAACUGUAUGACAAGUAUAUGCCCUGUCUAUUCGGUUUGCUAUCGUCCACGUUAUGUACACUCGUGUCCAAAGUAGCCGUCGGCCGAUUGCGGCCAUACUUUCACAGCGUGUGCCGUCCGAACGUUGUCUGCGAUCAAAUGGUCAAUCUAUAUAAAUACCACGAUGACUUUACCUGUACUGAUACUGUUAACUCGCCUCCCGGUGCCAUAGAUGAGAUGCGAAUGAGCUUUAUGUCCGGUAAUAAAAAGGCAAUGUUUCCCAACUCUCGGGGCUUUUUAGAUCUUAACACUCUUACACAACCUGUGGUCGUCUACCGGACACAGCGGUCAUCGGAACGGGCGAUCGGUCUAACGUUACGUUAUGUCGGUUUGCGUACCGACCAACGGUUAAACGGUUCGGUGAAAGUAGAUGGUAACGAUGUAUGGUAUGAGCGAUUUGGGUCCGGCCCUCACGCCAUACUAGUAUUCCCCGGUGCCAUAGGCACCGGGCGGUCAGACUUUGGGCCCCAAAUCAAAGGCGAGUUUGCCUUAAAUCUCAAGAAAUACACUUUAGUGACGGUCGAGCCGUUGGGUUGGGGCCGCUCUCGACCGCCGCUCCGAAUAUACGAUUCCCAGACCUAUAACAAAGACGCUCUGUCCGGAAAAAUUAUCAUGGAGUCACUAGGCUACCAAACAUACUCGACCAUGGGCUGGUCGGACGGUGCCAAAACGGCAUUAUUGGUGGCGGCCCAGUAUCCAUCUAGGGUGACCAGUUGCGUGGUGUGGGGAGUGGUAACGUACGCCACUAAACGUGAUAUCGACGCACUGGUAAUGACCAAGAACAUCAAGUACUGGGGCGCGGAUCUCAUCAAAAACUACGAGACCGUCUACGGGGACGACUGGGCCGGACUCUGGACGCGACACAUCGAGUUUCUCGAGAAGAUACGGGAGAUAUUUCCCGACGGGUUUGUCAAGAAUGACCUGCAGAAAAUACGGUGCCCACUGUUUGUGCUUCACGGCGAUCAGGACCCCAUGGUAAACCUGGAACAUCCGGAGCACGUGAUCAAAAACAUAUCCGACUCCCGAUUGCAUCGUUUCCCCAAAGGCUCCCAUAAUUUACAUUUGGACCCGAUGAUUGAUGUGGCUCAGGCCAAAUACGUGGCCGAAGUGGUGUCGGACACCCGUUUGCAUCGGUUCCCCAACGCCUCCCAUAACCUACACAUGACUUUAGCCAAAGAAUUCAAACAAUUGAUCGAAGAUUUUGUCGAUGAAAUGGAUGCAGGCUUUUAA